CGAGGACGCACUACCAACUGGCCCAACCCCUCUAUCUGCGGCGAUAGAACUCGCUUCUAUUGGGUCACUUCCACUUGUCGUACUCGUAUUCGCAAUUCAUUUUGCCUUGCGUGGAUCCGGGCACCGGUUUCCAUGCUCUCCCACUUAUGACGGGCGAGAAUCUACCUCAGGGUGAGGUGAUCGGGAUCGUGAUUGGGGCCAUAGUGCUGUUCUCGGUUAUCAGCAUUGUGCCAAUUAUAAUCAUGUGGUACCACCGACGCCAUGCUGCCGCUCGAAAUGCAAAUGAGGUACACGACCUCACAUCACCGAUGCAUCAAACUUCGGUGGAACACUGGCUAGAGGAGCAGAAUACACCCAGAGAUAUCGAGCAAUAUUCCCACGAGAUUUGCCCGAUCUGUCUGUCGUCAUUAUCGUCAUCCCCAUAUCUUGUCUGCCCAGAACCGGCUCGAUUACCCCGCGGUCAACGCAAACCUCCUGGCUGCAGGUCGGCCGAAAUUCCACAUUCCGAAGUGAAGGAUCCCAGAAGGAAUAUUGGGAUUCUUGUUCUCAACCGAUGUCAUCAUGCGUUUCACACAGCUUGUUUGGCCUCCUGGUUUGAGUACCGGCGAUACAGAUGCCCUAUCUGCCAGGCCUCAUACUCCCCAACAGAUACUGCACAGCAAUGA